AUGCUGGAUUCCGAUGCCGAAGUGCCGCCAGAAGUUUUGGUGGAAUACGAAAAAUUGUUGACAAAGGCGUACACGGAAAAUUUUGACGAAUUGUACAAGACCGACUUGCUGAAGGUAAUUGGGAAGGAUGGGUACGGCUCACACAUCGUUUUGUUGAUUCCGUGUUUUAUCGUUUCAUCCGGUGCAGACCCUGAGAAGACACUAAGAUACGCCAUCCUGACGUUGGACCCUAUCGUGAAGGAGAAUUACGUGCUGAUUCUGUGCGAAACACACACAAGUUGGUUAACCGACGCGGUUUACGCGUACGCAAAGCAGUGGUACGAUACACUUCCGAGGAAAUAUAAGAAGAACCUGAAAAAACUGUACUUGGUGCACAGCGGAUUCAUGUCCAAAACGGUGCUAGCCGUUGUAACUCCAUUUGUGUCACCCAAAUUUUGGAAAAAAGUAGAAUACAUAGAAAAGUUAGAAGAUCUAUUUUUAAAGUUAAAUAUAAAUCCAACAUAUUAUUUAAGAUGCUUUCCAUACAUAGUUCAGAGAAAUGAAGAAAUGCUAUUAGGAGAAAAAACUGUUUCCGUUUUUGGAGCAGAUUUAGAGAUUUUGUGUCAACGAUUUGGAAAGACCUACAUGGAAUAUAAGCACAUCCCUUCCAUCCUUGUGGAUUUCUUAACCCAUUUAAUGAAGCCUGAAAUUAUUAGUACGAAAGAUCUGUUUUAUCUACAAGCAGAUGCAAAUACAUUAUAUGGAAUAAUUGGAGACAUAGAAUAUGGAGAACCUACAACCGAUUUUAACAACAUUCCUUCCCUAGUCUGUUCAUUCAAGCUUUUUUUAGAUACGCAGAAACACGGGUUGUUGGGUAAAGAUGCCUUCACGAGGUUGUACCAUUUAAAAACGGUGUCAGCCUCGGAUAAGGCAAUUAGAAGUGUUCUAUUUAAACUGUAUAAUAAACUGGAACCGGGUGUUAGGGAGUGUCUAGUCUGUCUUUUGAAUUUUUUUAAAGCCGUCUCAACGUAUUCAAGUGAAAAUAACAUGACGGUAGAAACUCUGGCUAAAAUUUUUGCUCCAACAUUCUUCAGACCCAGUGUUCCCAAUGCCGUUUUUUCACAGUGCAUUACUUUGGCGAAUAGGUGCCUCCAGAUGAUAAUUGAAUCCCCCGAUAUUUUGACGAACCCGGGGAAAUACGACGCAGAAAGUGACAGUUCAGAGGAUAGCGAAUCAGAUGAUAGCCAGGAGAAGGACUCCAAAACGGAGAGCUCAAGUGAGGAGGAGAGCAGUGAGUCAGAAGGAAGUAAAGAUAAUAAGGAUCAGUCCAGUGAUUCGGAGGAGCUUGCCAAAAGUGGAUCGGAGGCCUCGGAAAAGGGAGACCCUAAAAAAGAGGAUGCCACACAGAAGGGCACCAUGGAAAAGGACGCCUUGCAAAGUGGCGAAUCGAAGAAGAAAUCGGAUGAAGAGACCGACGAGGAGUCGGAGUCGGAAUCGGAAUCUGAGGAAGAGUCUGAGGAGGAAUCCGAGGAAGUGACAGAGGAAGCUACGGAGGAAGAAUCGGGUUCAGUGGAAGACACCAGGAAGGUUAAUUUUAAAAGGGAGGAAGGGAAGGCGGAGUGA